AUGUAUCGGAAGUUGUCUAAGUUAGAACACUCGGAAAUAAAACAACUUCUAACAGAAGCUAACAUAGAUGUUGCAAAGCAUUACGCAACAAACAAAAAAGCACUCGCUGACAUCCUCAAUGACUACAAUGGUGCUAUAAGUUAUGAUAGAAUUCAUGAGUUCAUAAAGCCGCAACGCGGCGAGGACGAAGUCCAUGCAAGAGCAUUUCCUUUAAAUGACGUUGCUAUUGACUUAUAUCAUAGACGUUCAGUACCUCAUGAAGUAAGAAGAGAAAUGUUUGACAUAACAAAUGCAAACAUUGGUGAAACAAGAAGAAGAGACGACACACUGAAACAACAGAGAAGAGAGAUGUUUAAGAGCGCUAUAGAACAAGUUCGCAAAGCUAACGAUGUCAUUCGUUCCAUUGACGACAAACCAAAAGAAGGUGAGAGAUGGUUAAAGAAAGAUGAAGAGAAUAGGAAGAGAAAUGUGAAGUCAGGCAAUAGACUCAUUGACUUUAACAUCGAAGCUUUAGAUGAACCAAACAGAGACUACUUACACAAACAUUUCGGUAAGGUUUUCAUGAGACUCUUAGAGAAGAUUAAAAUAAACUCACAACAAAGAUGGAUG